UUACGUCUAAUGACGUCAGCACACGUCGUAGUACUCCACGUCUGUCCGCGAGCGGAAUGAAUGAACCCGGAGCACGAGAGAGCCGGUUCAGACACAGCCACGACACCGACAGAGAAACACCAUGAUGCUGUGAAACCUUUCAUUCUUCUCACACUGAAAAAGAAAAUCGCCGUAUCUUCAAAAUAAUAAUAAUAGUAAUAAUAAUAAUAAUUACAUCAUCGUUUUGAAGUCACAAUGGCACGAGGAGAGGGUGCUGAGCAGUACGCGGCGGGUUUACUAUCAGUCAAACCCCUGAACACAGACAUCAAGGCGGUGAAGCCAAAGGACAUGAGAAAUCGUCUGUCUCUGUGGAGCAAACUGUGCUUCGCCAUCGGUGGGGCUCCGUACCAGAUCACUGGCAGCGCCCUGGGCUUCUUCCUCCAGAUCUACCUGCUAGAUGUGGCUCAGCUGGAUCCAUCCCAUGCCUCCAUUAUUCUGUUUGUGGGCCGGGCCUGGGAUGCCAUCACUGAUCCAACAGUCGGUUUCCUGGUGAGCCGGAGUCGAUGGACCGGCAUGGGACGCAUGAUGCCCUGGAUCCUUUUCUCUACUCCGUUUGCGGUGCUGACUUAUUUCCUCAUCUGGUACGUGCCUCCUUUCGAGCAAGGGAAGGUCAUCUGGUACUUGAUCUUUUACUGCCUCUUCCAGUCAAUGCAAACGUGCUUCCACGUGCCAUAUUCAGCCCUCACCAUGUUCAUCAGCAACGACCAGAAAGAGAGGGACUCUGCCACUGCUUAUCGUAUGAUGGUGGAGGUGCUGGGCACAGUUCUGGGCACUGCAAUCCAGGGACAGAUAGUAGGCGGCUCCUCAGGAUGUCCCACUGAGUCUGAUGUGAUCAACAUAAACUCAACCAGCAUCAACAACAUGUCUGUAGUUACACUAGAUGAGACGAAACAAGCUUACAUGAUUGCUUCAGGGGUCAUCUGCAUCAUCUACGUCGUCUGUGCUGCCGUCUUGUUUGUCGGCGUGAAAGAGAAAAAAGAGAGCAUGAGAAAAAGAUCCCAGCUCCUCACCUUCCGUCAGGGCCUGUGGCUGGUCAUGAGCCACGGACCGUACAUCAAACUGGUCAUCGGCUUCCUCUUCACCUCUCUGGCCUUCAUGCUACUUGAGGGAAACUUUGCCCUUUUCAUCAACUACGCUCUUGGCCAUAGGAGCCACUUCCAGAAUAUUCUCCUGGUCAUCAUGCUAUCUGGCGCUCUAUCCAUCCCACUGUGGCAGUGCUUUCUCACUAAGUUUGGGAAGAAGACAGCUGUUUACGUUGGCAUGACUUGGGCGAUUCCCUUCAUGAUCCUAAUCAUCAGCAUCAAGAGCAACCUCAUAAUUUCUUACCUGAUCUCAGUGGCGGCAGGUGUGAGCGUGGCGGCGGCUUUCCUCCUGCCUUGGUCAAUGCUUCCUGAUGUAGUGGAUGAUUUCAAGGUUAGAAACCCAGACGUCCACGGGCAUGAAGCCCUCUUCUACUCCUUCUAUGUGUUCUUCAUCAAGUUUGCAUCUGGCGUAUCCCUCGGCGUGUCUACACUCAGUAUGAAAUUUGCCGGCUAUGUGACCGGAGCCUGCUCACAACCCGAGGCGGUCGCUUUAACCCUGAAGGUUCUGGUCUCUCCUGUGCCUGUGUGUCUUAUUGUUGUGGGACUGUUGAUACUGAGAACCUACCCAAUUGACGAGGAGAGGAGGCAGGGCAACCGAAAACUACUGCAGGAAAUGCUGGACUCUGAAGCAGAUUCAGAGUCUGAAACUUCAGCGCUGGGCAGCAACGUGUAAAAAAAAAAAAACUAACUAAACAACCGCCACCGCUGCUUUACAUGUUUGCACAAGCUGCUGAGGGACCUGACCAACAUCUAUCUGAACCAACAGAAGAGGGACCACAGACCACUACUGCCGCCUGAACAUCAUCAGCGUUAACCGGCUCCCUCCAGUGGAUCACACAGGUUUACGUCUCCCUCUUGUGGCCGGACAGUGUCACCUUGCGUGUGAUUCAAGUAUUUCCUGUUGUCCUUUUAUCUCCAGCUGUGUCCCAGUUAAAAUACCAUCUGCAAAAAAAACACUCCGCAGUUUAUCAGCUUGUAGUUCAGCCUUAAUGUCUGUUCAUGCGUUCAUUGUUUAAGUGAAACACAGCACUGGGAUCUGUCCAUACUUUAACCUGAGUGGUUAUCUACUACUGAAGUGGACAGUUGAUUCUGAUCAACAAAUUUUUGUCAACAACAAGUUUUAUUUAACAAAGAGUUUUUCUCCAAAGAUAUAUUACUUUAUGGUUUACUGAGAUGUUCCUGUAGCUCUCUGCUCACUCAUUUAACUUGACGAGUUGUUUGUAGCUCCUACAUUUAUUUUGUGCAUUGCAGUGUGGAACACAAGUAUUCAUCAGCUCCUCCAACGUGGACGCACUACAUACUGAAAAGCUGGUUGGAAUUGGGACACAGCUCGCGAUCUGCGGUGUCAUUAAAUGAAGUGUUCAUUCACUAGUUUACAAGGACAGAACUUCACCCGUGCCGCCUGGAGCGUGUUACCUUUGAUGUUUACCAUGUCUUAGGUCAGUGUGAGUUUCCAUUCAGACGAUUCUCUGAAGGAAACAUACAGUAUCAGCCCUUAUUUAUGAAGGGCGUACCAGCACAACUCCCACUAACUGGAAUUGUGUGAAGCUGUGCUACAAUUUCUACUUCUCGUGGUGUUGAUGUUUCCUAUAGAUCGUUUUAUAAAGGCAACUUUUAAGUGUACUUGAAACUUGUGAAGCGGAAGAGGCACCUCUUUGUAUGAUGUGCUACACGUAGGCUGAAUCUCUGCCUUAUGCACACACACACUCACAUCAUCAUCAUCUUGUAAAAUUAGUUGCGCUGAGAUUUUCUGUUUGAACCCAUUACUCAGAUUAUUCGGUUUGUUUACUUUUUGUCACCAAGAAGAGUUUCCCAUCAUACCUUUUUUUUGUGUGCUUUAACAGUUCAUCCAAUCUCUGUGAGGUUAGAUAAACAUUUCUAAAUGUGCUUUUUACAGCAACUUCUGUGUCAAGUCAUUUCAUCUAGCAUGUUCUCACUUCCCAAUGGAAGAAAGAAGCUUUAUUUAAUUAUUUAUUUAAAUAAACUGUCUAAGGGAUUCCACAUUUUCUUAUGAAAGCACAUGUUAUAAUUUAUUAACAGUAAAUGGUUGAUGAAAUUGUUGAUGGUUAUGUGACACGUGAUUCUUCAAGUCCUGUUAAAAAAAAAAAAACGAGCUGCUGUAAUAAACAAGCUUUUUUUUUUUACAGUAUUGUGACUCAGCAGCAAAAACCUAGUUUUUCUAUAAGAAGACAUGCAGGAGACAUUCAUCCUCGCUAGAUGCCUCGAUUUAACCCUCAAAUUAUCUUAUUGGUUAAAUUAUUAAGAUUUCAACAACGACAAAAAAGAUCUUUAAAACUUAAUAUAUUCCUGUAUAGUUUUUUUUUCUUUUUAGGUUAUUUUGAAAUUGCACUGAAUGAACUUAAUGAAGCACAUGACAUCUUUCCUUGGUGUUUAAAUGCUGCUGUCUGUAUUAUAUGUAAAUAUUUUUUUUCUAAGUUGGACUUUGAUGAGCAAUCUAUGAUUCAGCGAAAAGACGAAUUUGUCAUGUAAAUUUGUAAUUUUAAGUCUGUGAAUAAAGUUUGUUGCAACAGA